AUGAAAAUAGAGAUGAAAGAUACAGUUAUGAAACAGGCUCAACUACGUGGAGAUGAUUUUGGUGCAGCAGUUAUCCAGAGGAUCCAGCCGAUAACAGAUAUGGUGGCUGCUGAUUGUCAGUACCACGAUAAGUGUUUAAAAAAUCUGUUUAGUAGGCUCAAGGUUAAUGAAAAAAGAAAGUUGGCCCUCAUGCUGAAGGGAUUGAGAGGGCUAUGA